AUGGCUUACGGAAGAGGACAAAAAAGACAAAACAGUUCAGCAGGCUCUGGAAGUUCAAAUGCUGAUAGUACUGCAGUGGCAGAUGGUAUUUCAUUGACUGAAGAUCAAUGGAACUUAUUGGUUGGUAACUUUGAUGCUAUCGGUGAUGCUUUAACUGCACUUGAUGGUGGUAAGAAACCAAAAUUAUCAGAUCCAAUUGUUCCUGAAGAAGAAAGAAAACAAGAUGCUGAUGAGGAAAAUGUAAAGAAUGAAGUUAAAGAUGAACUUCCAGCUAGUGAAGAAGAAUAG